UGCUGUCUCUCCAUCUUCUCCUGGUGCUGCUUUGCAGCCCUAAUUUGUACUCUGCCAUUGCGUGCUCAUCCCCCGGUAACAGUGUGUUGUGCGUUUAGGCUGAUAUUAUCAGAGCUUGAUGCCUUGCAACUGGACUUGAAUAUACACAAGACGGGGAGGGAAAGUCAGUUUCAGAGAAAGAUUUAUCGCCACUGCUUCAUGAAGAACACUUAUGUGCUCGCUUCUCUCACGCCAAGAGCGAUGGCAUCGAUGGCUACAAGGGAAACGAGUUGAUUGAUUAUACGUUUCGCACAUCAUUCCAGGGCGACGGAAGGAUAGCUUUAUUUGAGGUUUAGAAAUGGCUGGAGGGAGGGCAUUGCUUAGCGGGCCCAGGUCCUGGUGUGAACUGCUUCUUGCAAGAAGGUUUGGGAUUCAGAACGAGAAAAGGAAUGUCACGCUUUGUUCACAGAACGGCCGUUGGAUGACCGAGAACUCACUUCCAAAAAGAAGCUCUCAGAGUCAAGACCAGAGGAGCACAUUGUCAAACAUUGCGGCCCUCGUCGGCGCUGGCGCAAUGGGUAUGCUAGGGUUGGCUGGCUUUGCCCACGCAGACGAGGCUGAGCAUGGUUUGCAAGCACCUUCGUAUCCAUGGUCUCAUAGUGGCUGGUUCAGCAGCUACGAUCAUGCAUCGAUUCGGCGAGGCCAUCAGGUGUAUAAGGAGGUUUGUGCCGCAUGUCAUGCCAUGUCACUUGUGACCUAUCGUGACCUUAUUGGAGUGGCUUACACGGAGGCUGAGGUGAAAGCACUAGCUUCAGAAAUUGAGGUGGAAGAUGGACCAAAUGAUGCUGGCGAGAUGUUUAUGCGACCUGGCAAGCCUUCCGAUCAUCUCCAAGCACCAUAUGCCAAUGAACAGGCUGCCCGAGCCGCUAAUGGCGGAGCUUAUCCUCCUGAUUUGAGCCUCAUCUGUAAGGCACGACACAAUGGACAAAAUUACAUAUUUUCUUUGUUGAUGGGAUAUCGUGAUGCUCCUGCAGGGAUCUCGGUGAGGCAAGGUUUACACUAUAAUCCGUAUUUUAUUGGAGGUGCCAUUGCAAUGCCAAAAGUCAUAAAUGAUGGACAAGUGGAAUAUGAUGAUGGAACUCCUGCCUCAGCCUCUCAAAUUGCAAAAGAUGUUGUCACAUACCUUUCAUGGGCUGCUGAACCUGAAGCUGAUGAACGCAAAUUGAUUGGAGCAAAAUGGAUUUUGGGAGCAUGCAUUGCAUUAUUUCAAGCAGGGUACUUCAAAAGAUGGAAAUGGGCUCCUUACAAAUCAAGGAGGAUCAUAUGGGAUGUUGUAAACUAGCAAUUGUGCAACUUUAAUCACAUGGGGAAGAAUAAUCCCAUUUACAAACAUUUCUUUUUGUGCUAACAAAAUGGAUGAAUAAAUGAUUCGAUAAGAUGAAGAAAAAGGAAAGAAAGUGGAAACUAAAUAUAUUAAUGCUGAAAGGAAUUGGAUCAUAGUGUA